AUGGUGUCGCAUAAUAUAGCUGUUCAGACGGCGGCAUUAACAUCAGUAAUGUUAAUGUGUGCUUUUAUAUGUGGUCAUUUGAUUAAUAUCUCUAAGUUGAGGAAUAUACCACAAUCUACAGCUGGAAUAUUGAUCGGUGCAUUUUCUGGUUUGCUAAUAUUCUAUUGGAAUCCAAAGUUAUUUGGUAACAAAUCGCUGUUGAAUUUUAAUCCGGAAUUAUUCUACAUGUUUAUGUUACCCCCUAUAAUAUUGGAAGCAGGAUUUUCUAUGGAUCGAAUUAACUUCAUCAAGAAUUUCCAUUCUAUUAUGUGGCUAGCUAUAGGUGGUACUUUACUAUCUGCUAUUUUAACGGCUGCAGGGUUGUACAUACCGCAUUUACUUUCAUCAGAUUACGGCUUCUUUGAAGGUAGUCUUACAGAAAAACUGUUGUAUUGUACUCUAUUGGGCACCUUAUUGGCCGCAGUGGAUCCGGUUGCUACGCUUGGUGUUUUGGGUGGCAGUAGGUUUGAAGCCAACGAAAAACUAUUCUCUAUUGUAUUUGGCGAGAGCUUACUGAAUGAUUCGGUUUCUAUUGUUCUCUUUAGGACCCUCACGCUACUAAGUUUUAUGUACGUUACUUUGAUAUCGUGCAUCAUCGGAGCGGUUACGGGAUUGAUCGCGUACUUGGCAUUUCGUUUGGCGGGUGGAAUACAACGCUUCCCAGAGUACGAAUUGGGAGUAUUGUUGUUGAUAGCAUAUUUCUCGUUUUCGGUAGCCGAGAUGGUGGAGGGAAGUGGCAUCGUAUCGUUGUUCAUCACGGCGGUGUUGUUGGGACACUACAACAUCAAGAACCUGAGUCUGACGUCGCAACGAUCAUCCGUGCUGCUGUUUAAGGUGUUGUCGGUGUUCAGCGAGUCAUUCAUUUACUUACUAUUCGGUACGGUGUUUACCCGGAGCGUAAUUGCACACGCGCAGUUCGAUCUGGCGUUAGUGGCUUGGACGACGGCGCUGCUGAUGCUCUCGCGCGGCGCAGUGGUGUUCCCGUCUGCCGCAAUCAUCAACGCGCUGGAGCGCAAGCACAAGAGCUAUGCGGAGGAGCAGAAGGAGACGCAGGUGAUUGCGGGCGCGUGCAUGCACGCAGUGUUUGAGAAACACCUGACCUCGCGCUACACACCUUUGGCCAAGUCGCUGUGCGCAACCGAACGACCGACCCAGGAUAACUCUUCGUCGCCGUACACCCAGUUCGACGACGAGGACGAGCUCGAACUCGACAGCCGCGCCGGCUCCUCUCGCCCCUACCGGCCCGGCGAGGCAAAGGCCGGUGCCGCUGGCCGCGCGCUGCUGGGCGAGGUCACGCCGCCCGGCAAAGCCUCGCGGACCGCCGCGCUCCCGCAAAUCGCCGAACAUGCGAGCUACGACAUCAACGUCGUGCCACAGUCGCCGCGCGCGUCGGUGAUGGAGGCGCCCGCGCCCGUCUGCGGUGACGUGGCGCUUCUCGGCGCCGGCCCGAGCGAGCACCUCUCGGUCUCGCGCGGCGGCGUGGCCUUCCGCCCCCC